UUAUGUGACCUAUAGCCAGCAAACGAUAAACCUAUAGAGAAUUUCCGGUUCUGAUAGCUGUUUGACUUUUGUUUCCGGGUUCUGUUUCAAUACAUGUAAACAGUCGUACUAAUAUUACGCAAAAGUCUGCAAAGAAUGGGUGCGCAACUGAUAUUUAAUAAUGAGAUUAAUCCGUAAAAAAAUAGCGAUAGUUGUUGUGUUGGUUUAUGUGUUCUUUUCACUGUAUGCUGCAUACAAUGUGUUUUUUAAUAAGAAGGUUAUUUCUCGCGUACACCGAGUGGUGAAAAAGGGUUCUGCAACUUCAGACAGUGCCAACGUGGCAGAGGAGGAAUGGAACCCAUGGGAGGAGGAUGAGCGAGUAGAUUCUAUCAAUGUGCUGCAGAAACGAAGAGAGGCUUAUAGAUCAUAUCAAGAGCACAUUGCUAAAAGUAGGCCCAAAAGAUACAAAGUUCAGAUCUGGGGCAAAGCAGCUAUAGGACUUUACUUGUGGGAACACAUUUUAGAGGGGCCUCUGAACCCUACUGUCAAAACAGGACAUUGGAGAGAAGGAGAGAUCCAGUCAGGGAAGAUUAAUUUCAGUUUCUACACAGGGCCAGCUGUGGUGCAGGGUCAUGUUCCCCUGGACACAGACAGUGUAGUUUUGGUGUUGAAUGGACGUGAACAGCAGAAGAUCUCCUACUCUCUCCAGUGGUUACAGCAUGCACAGGCUCUAGUGCAGGCUCACACAAUCUCUAGAGUGGCUGUAGUCUUGCUGGGCAGUGAGCAGUGCACAAAUGACUGGAUUAGUCCAUAUCUGAAGAGACAGGGGGGAUUUGUGGAUCUCCUUUUUCUUGUGUAUGAUAGCCCCUGGGUCAAUGACAAGGAUGUCUUCCAGUGGCCACUUGGUGUAGCCACGUACAGGGACUUCCCAGUUGUAACACCUAACACACAGAUGGUAAGCUCUGCAAGACCCUAUGUUUGCAACUUCUUGGGUACGGUCUAUAAGAACUCCUCUCGGGAAAUUCUCAUGGGCAUCCUGAAGCAAAAUGACAUGGAAAAACAAUGUCUCACAAAUGCUAGAGAGAAGUGGCUUCCUCAAGAGACAGCAGAAACUUCCAGACAGUACCACACAGCUCUGGCUCAGAGUGACCUGACCUUGUGCCCGGUUGGAGUCAAUAGCGAGUGCUACCGCAUCUAUGAGGCCUGUGCCUAUGGCUCUGUACCCGUGGUGGAGGAUGUCCUGACUCCAGGGUCCUGUGCAGAUGGCCGCAGUUCCCCUCUCCGCCUGCUCAAAGAUGCGGGGGCACCCUUCAUCUUCCUCAAGGAUUGGAACGAGCUGCCUGCUCUCUUGAAGAAGGAGCAUGUAAUGACCCAGGCAGAGAAAACUGAGAGGAGAAUGAGGCUGCUAGAGUGGUACGCUGGGUUCCGUCAACAGAUGAAGGACAAGUUCACGGAAGUCCUGGAGGAGGGCUUCUUUAAACUGAGCUAAGGAGAGAGAAAUAAUCUAGGACAAAAAAAGAGAUCGGUCAACAGAAAUACUUGAUUUUGUGACUAGGUAUGUUGGUCACUGAUUUAAGUGUGUCAUGCCAACUUGCUGCUUGUUCACAGAAUUUUAUUUAUUUAGAUGGUAAAUACAUAUUUGUGUUGUUAUGUAAGAUGCUGCCUACUAAUUGCUAAUGUGCAAUAAUGCCUCUUUAUGGUGUUUUUUUUUUCACUUUGUACACUGAUCUAUCAAGGUGCUGUGGAAUUAAAGUAAUUUUAUGAAAAGUU